AUGGAGACGAAAGCGAUAAUGAGUAGAGGAGAAGAACCCGAUUCCGAUUCCUCCUCCUUACCGAUGGAUCUCAUUAUCGACGAGAUUCUCCCGAAACUGCCUGUAAAAUCAAUCGCGAGGUUUCGCUGCGUCUCCAAGCAAUGUCGCUCGAUGAAAAUCCGUCCCCGUCUCUUGUUCGCGCUCCACCGAGGCAACAGCGAGUUUCUCAUCUUCUCAUCGCCUCAGCCUCAGCAGAAACCAUCGUCUGAGAAGAAGAAGAAGCCUCUAGUCGUCUCCGCCGAUUUCCACACGAAGGUCUCUAAAGACCGGUGGCUAGCUUACCGUGGAUUCGCAUCGCGUCUGUUCCAUUUCUCUAGCCAGCACGUUUACAACCCAGAGCCGCUGAUACAAAACCCAAUCACCGGAGAGAUUGUGAGAUUACCGGAAUUGGAACGGUACAGGAGGUGGUUUAGCUUUUUCGGGUUUGAUCCGGUUGAGAAGCAGUUCAAGGUGUUGUUCAUGGGUUAUCCAUCUUCUCCUGAUAGAGAUGAGCAUAGGAUCGCGACAUUGAAAACCGGUUUAAUGAAGUGGAGGAAGAUCGAGUGCAGCGUAACGCAUGAGCCUGUGGGCGAAGUCGAAGCGAUUUGUAUCAAUGGGGUUUUGUAUUACGUUGCUGAAGUUGAUGAAAAGUCUUUUGAGAUUGUUUGCUUCGAUGUUAGGUCAGAGAAAUUCAAGUUCGUUGAUGCGAAGUGCUUGUGUGAGCCGCACGGUACUAGAUUGGUGGACUAUAAGGGGAAGUUAGGUGGGAUUCAUUUGAGCUAUGAUGAUGAUGAUGCGGUUGUGUUGCGUUUGUGGGUUCUUGAGGAUGUUGAGAGGUGUGAGUGGUCGGAGUUUGUGUACACUUUGCCGGAGAAUGAGGUCUUUGUCUACGAUGUUUUCGUUGUUGGGGUGACUGGUGCGGGGGAGAUUGUUCUGUCGGGGAGGUUUACGGCGAAACCUUUCUAUGUGUUCUACUUUGAUCCGGAGAGGAACACUCUACAAGCUGUUGAAGUCAGAGGUGUUGGAGAGUACAGUGAGGCGUUUGAGAGUGAUUGCAGAGUUUAUGCGUUUGUGGACUAUGUAGUGGAUCCCAAGUUUAUAACGUAA